AGAAUCUCUAAAAAACGCAAAGAUUCAUUUGCUUCCGUUGAUUUUCCACCUAUUCUCCAUUUGUCACUCUCUCUCUUUCUCUCUCUUCUUCUUCUCACAUUUUCUCUCUCCUCUCUCUUCUCUCAGCUUCAAUGGUGUUUCUGUAAUCAUCUGCAACGCUUUCAUAGAUCGGGAAUCUUUCUAUCUUUCAUGUUUAUAUGAAUAUAGAGCAGAAGAAAACAUUGCAGAUGAUGCUCCUCUUCUAUGGAUCUUGUUCAGUUUCUUAUCAAUGGAAAGUAGUUAAUUGAAGUAACUCUGCCACAGUGCCUGUCAUAUGUCUUCAAAUAACGAGCAGGCCGGUUUAAGUAAUGGGUUUUUUUUGUAAACAUAGCCUGAAGUAGGCUAUUUCUCUGCCAGUGUCAAUACCAUGGAUAGAGCUGACACUUCAGGUUUUGUCAGUGGUGGAAGUUUCUUGUUGAAAGCUCUAGUUGUAACUGGUCUACUAUUUGUGAAUGUUAUAGAGGCUUGUGGCUGAAAUUUACUGCUAGUGUGUUUACUGUUUUCUUUUGUUCUUAAAAUUAAGCUGAUGAGGAUGAAUAUCAAUGAAAAGGGAGUGUAUUUCUCUUGCUCUAAUGACUUUGCUAGAAAUGACAAAUUUGGUGAUACCUCUUUGCGAUUGGACUGCCUUGGCUAUGGAAGGAGCAGUACUUCUCAAUUUCAUAAUGCCCAAAAUGACCCUGGGGCUUUUACUUCCAUGACUCUCGAUGAUGGUUGCAGACUUGUACUUGGAUUAGGCCCUACACCACGGGCCUACUCAGAAAAUAAACAAUCGAAGGGAUCGUCUUCAUCAUCGCUCCAAGGACUGUCAGGCAAUGGUGAUUCGACCUUGAAACUGGGGCUUUCUGGAGAAACUGGAAAUUUGUUUAGUUCUUUGGACUUUUCGACAUCAACCCAAACUGAGUUUACUUCACAUCAGUUCACAAGCCAAGUAUCUGUUGCUAAUCCCACUCAUGUUCCUGUGGCUGAUGAGGGCUCUACUUCUGCAAAGCAAUCAGGUGGUUAUAUGCCAUCUCUUCUUUUGGCUCCUAGAAAUGACUGUAGACCAGCCCCUGUACAGAUGUGGGAUGGUUUUGAUCUUGGCUCAAAUUCUUCUUCUGAUCAAUCUCAUUUGGGUUCUGAACCUUCUAAUACAACAAGUUGUACUAUGGGAACUAUAUCUGAACAUUCAGCUACUCUUACAUCUGUGGACAAUAGGCCACAUAAUGCAAAGAGAUGCCGUUUUAUGGGUUGUACAAAAGGAGCUCGGGGAGCAUCAGGUCUGUGCAUUGGUCAUGGUGGUGGACAGAGAUGCCAGAAACCUGGUUGUAAUAAGGGUGCAGAAAGCCGUACUGCUUACUGCAAGGCCCAUGGAGGAGGAAGGAGAUGCCAGCACUUAGGUUGCACUAAAAGUGCUGAGGGAAAAACAGACAAUUGCAUUGCUCAUGGUGGGGGACGCCGAUGUGGGUAUCCUGGAGGUUGCUCUAAAGCAGCACGUGGAAAAUCGGGGCUUUGUAUACGACAUGGUGGAGGUAAGAGAUGCAAGGUGGAAGGAUGCACAAGGAGUGCUGAAGGCCGGGCAGGUCUUUGCAUUUCUCAUGGGGGUGGAAGGCGUUGUCAGUAUCAGAAUUGUGCAAAGGGUGCUCAAGGUAGCACCAUGUAUUGCAAAGCACAUGGAGGAGGAAAACGAUGCAUAUUUGCUGGCUGUACGAAGGGUGCUGAGGGGAGCACACCGUUAUGUAAAGGACAUGGUGGGGGUAAGCGAUGUAUGUUUGAUGGGGGUGGGAUCUGCCCUAAGAGUGUUCAUGGGGGCACGAACUACUGUGUUGCCCAUGGAGGUGGGAAGAGGUGUGCUGUUCCCGGGUGUUCAAAGAGUGCUCGUGGUCGCACUGAUUGCUGUGUCAAACAUGGUGGUGGGAAGCGAUGUAAGGUUGAGAAUUGUGGGAAGAGUGCCCAAGGGAGCACGGACUUCUGCAAAGCUCACGGGGGUGGAAAGCGCUGCAGUUGGGGUGACGGAAAAUGUGAGAAAUUUGCUCGGGGUAGGAGUGGCUUAUGUGCAGCACACAGCAGCAUGGUUCAGGAAAGAGAAAACAAGCGAGGCUUGAUUGGCCCUGGCCUCUUCCAUGGUCUUGUUUCUACUUCUUCUACUAUUGCUAGCAGCUUGGACAACAAGAAUUCUUCUUCUGGAAUAAGUGUCAUCUCUGAUUGUGAAGAAUCAUUGGGAAGGCCAGCUAAAAGGCAGCAUCUCAUACCCCCUGAGGUGCUUGUGCCCCUGUCAAUGAAGUCGGUCUCAUCUUAUUCAGUGCAGACAGCUGUCAGUGAACAGAACGAACUACGCAAUGGUGAUAGCAGAAGGGGCAAUUUUGAAUUUUUGAUUCCAGAGGGUAGAGUACAUGGUGGAGGCUUAAUGUCCUUCCUCGGAGGAAAUCUGAAUAAAAACGCUGUGCAUGGGAUAUGAAGUGUGAAAAGUCAGUGAUGCAUUAUUUGCUGCCACAUUCAUUCAAGGUUUUCCUCUGCCUCCUUGUAUUGUUCUUGUAAUUGUGUAUAAAGCUGUAAGUUAUUACACUACAUGUACAAAUAGUUCCUGUAAACCAUGCUAUUUAUUGUGGUAGGUGGCAUUCACCCUGCAUUACUACUGGAGUUGAUAAGUGUACUCAGCACUUCUCUUCUUCCUUGAAGACAUUGUCACAUCUCGACUUAGUUCUUUGUUGUACAUCACUUCUGCUAGUUUGAGUAACUAUCUUUAUUUUUUUUGUCCCCUGCACAAUAUUCUUCUGUUUGAUAGCAUUUAUUUGAAUAGUUAAAAGCUAAAUUUUGAGCAGAA